AUGUCCCCCUCCCGCGAUCGGCGCAUCGGGCUGAUUGCAUCUGGGCAGCUGAAUGUCCGACCCUGCGUCUGCAGCAGCAGGGCUCGAACUCCAAGUGCUACAAUUGUGGCCGCUUUGGACACUUUGCGCGCAACUGCCCGAGCGCCGCUGCCGGAGGCUUCGCCUCUCGCGCGCCGCCCCCGGGCCGCGGGCUGAACACGUCUGCCCUGCCCCCUGUCAAGUGCUAUCGUUGCGGUGGUCCGAACCAUAUGGCGAGGUGCGUUCCUUCCCACUUGUUCCGAUGAAUGCAUUGCUGAGCCUUCCUGCAGGGACUGCCUUGCCGCAGCCGGUACCACAUUUGAGACUGCGCCCACUGGUCCUGCUCUAAACAGGAACAAGACUUGCUACAAGGUAUGUUACCCACCUUGAAGCCUGCGCUAUCCCGAACUAACAAAUGCUCGCUUAGUGCCACCAAGAGGGACACGUAAGUUACACUGC